AUGGCGCCAUUUUCUCGUCUCCUAGUCCUAGCGGCCCUUCUUCUCGUCGCUGUCACUGGAGAGGCCGGUGCUGGCGGCGGCAAGGCGAGCUACGACCGGGUCUUAUGCUUCGGCGACUCGCUCACCGACACCGGGAACUCGGCCAUCCUCCCGGCCACCGCCGGAGGGCCCUUCACCAACGCGCCUUACGGGCAAACCCACUUUAAACGCCCCGGUCGAGCCUCCGACGGCCGCCUCGUCAUCGACUUCAUCGUGGAGUCCUUGGGGUUGCCGCAGCCAACGCCGUACCUCGCCGGCAAGACUGCAAACGACUUUCAGAAAGGCGUGAAUUUCGCAGUUGGCGGCGCCACCGCGCUUGACAUGGCGUUCCUGAAGACCAAAGGGAUAAAAUCGUUCGUGCCGAUUUCUCUCAGCAACCAGACCACCUGGUUCAACGGUGUUUUGAAGCUUCUUGCCUCCAAACCUAACGAGCAGCGGAAGCUCAUGGCGAGCUCCCUCUUCUACAUCGGAGAGAUCGGAUUCAACGACUACUCCUUCGCCCUCAUGAACAACGUCAACGACACGGUGGGCCUAGCGGAGAGUUUGGUGCCGGACAUCAUCGCUGUCAUCCGUUCCGCCCUCAUCAACGUGAUUAAUGCUGGUGCCAAGAAAAUGGUGGUGACGGGGAUGAUACCCAUGGGAUGCGAGCCAGAGCUGCUCGCCCUCUUACCUAGCGGUGCCAGCGGCUACUACGACCCGGCGUCCGGCUGCAUCGCGCCGUUCAACCGACUCGCCCAGCUGCAUAACCGCGCGCUGAACCGCAUGCUCUCCAAGCUCCGGCGAGCCUACCCCCGCACGUCUAUCUACUACGGCGACCUGUACACCCCCAUCACCGCAAUCGUCGCCUCGCCCGCAACAUAUGGUUUUGGGAGCAAGCCAUUGGCAGCGUGCUGCGGCGGCGGCGGUGGGCCGUACAAUUUCAACUUCACCUUCUUCUGCGGUACGCCACUGUCAAGCACCUGCGACGACCCAUCCAAAUCCGUUUCGUGGGACGGCAUCCAUUACACAGAGGCUACUCACAGCUUCGUUGCCGGUACCAUGCUAAGGGUGGGACUGUAA